AUGGGGCAAGCUAGCAUUGGAGGGGGAGGGUGGUGCUGGUAUAAAAUUAGAUGCCUAAUGGAGAAUUCCGGCUACAGAGUUACAUGUAUUGACCUCAAAGCUGCCGGCGUCGAUCAAACCGAUCCCAAUACAAUUCUUUCAUUCGAAGAGUACAACAAGCCGCUCAUCGACUUCUUGUCAUCCUUAGACGACAAUGAAAAGGUGAUGUUGGUUGGACAUAGCGCCGGAGGGCUUAGUUUGACGGAUGCAAUUCACAAGUUUGCAAAGAAAAUCAGCCUUGCAGUUUUUCUUGCAGCCACCAUGCUGAAAAUAGGCUUUGUCACUGACCAAGAUAUCAAAGAUGGAGUACCGGAUCUUUCCGACUUUGGAGGAAUUAAUGAUGUAUAUGACUUGGGCUUCGGAUUAGGGCAGGAUCAUCCUCCAACCACUCUGAUUGUCAAGAAAGAACUGCAGAGGAAAAUCAUUUAUCAAUUGUCGCCUCGAGAGGAUUCGACAUUAGCAGAAAUGCUUUUGCGGGCGGGGCCAAUUCAUGCAUUGACAUGUGCACAAUUUACAGAAGGGGAGAAUUCUGAGCAGGUUCCUCGUAUUUACAUCAAAACGACACACGAUCAUGUAGUAAAACCUAUCUAA